UCCUCCUUUCCCUUUGGUGCAAAUUAGCGUCGUGGCUAAUAGCAUUUGUUUCAGAUCUACAGUAGUGAAACAGUCUGUGUUAGUGUAGGUAUAGCCGAGUAACAGUGAUAGGGCUUGACAUGGGUCUUAUCGCCUGCAACUGUGUUAUGGGCGAUGAUUGUGUCACGGAUGUACCUAAAAUGUAAUGAGUGCUAACCAGCUAGCUUAGGUCUUGGGUCUUCCCCCAGAUUGAGCUCCGUCGCUUGACUCCUCCUACUGGUUGCUCCUGCCCCACCACGCUCUGUCACGUUUGGUCGUCCACCUCUCGGCUUCACAGCAGAGCUUCUCCCUUCCCUCGCCGGAGCUCUGAGCGUCGGAAUAGACACAGAACACAGCCAUGGCAGAAAACGCCGGCUUGGAAAACCACCGCAUUAAGAGCUUUAAAAAUAAGGGGCGAGAUGUUGAGACGAUGCGAAGACACCGUAAUGAAGUGACAGUAGAAUUGAGAAAGAACAAGCGAGACGAGCACCUGCUGAAGAAGCGCAAUGUUCCUCAGGAGGAAAGCCUUGAGGACUCGGACGUCGACUCGGACUUCAAAGGGCAAAAUGUAACACUAGACGCCAUCCUACAGAAUGCCACCAGUGAUAAUGCAGUAGUACAGCUCAGUGCCGUGCAGGCAGCCAGAAAAUUACUCUCCAGUGAUAGAAACCCACCCAUCGAUGACUUGAUAAAAUCUGGAAUCCUCCCCAUUCUAGUGAAAUGCCUGGAAAGGGAUGACAAUCCUUCAUUGCAGUUUGAAGCAGCUUGGGCCCUGACCAACAUUGCAUCCGGCACCUCCGCACAGACCCAGGCAGUGGUCAAAUCCAAUGCUGUCCCCCUGUUCCUGCGGCUGCUCCACUCCCCCCACCAGAAUGUGUGUGAACAGGCUGUGUGGGCGCUCGGCAACAUUAUUGGUGAUGGACCUCAGUGUAGAGAUUACGUCAUCUCUUUGGGCGUGGUCAAGCCACUGCUGUCGUUCAUUAAUCCCUCGAUUCCCAUCACCUUCCUGCGGAAUGUCACUUGGGUCAUCGUCAACCUGUGCAGGAACAAGGACCCUCCCCCACCCAUGGAGACCGUCCAGGAGAUCCUGCCAGCCCUUUGUGUCCUAAUAUACCACACGGAUAUAAAUAUCCUGGUGGACACAGUGUGGGCGCUCUCCUACCUGACAGACGGUGGCAAUGAGCAAAUUCAGAUGGUCAUUGACUCGGGGGUCGUGCCCUUCCUGGUCCCACUGCUUAGCCACCAGGAGGUCAAAGUUCAGACGGCCGCACUUAGGGCGGUGGGCAACAUCGUCACAGGAACAGACGAGCAGACACAGGUGGUUCUGAAUUGUGACGUCCUCUCCCAUUUCCCCAACCUACUCACACACCCCAAAGAGAAGAUCAACAAGGAGGCGGUGUGGUUCCUCUCCAACAUCACUGCAGGUAACCAGCAGCAGGUGCAGGCAGUGAUUGACGCCGGCCUCAUCCCCAUGAUCAUUCAUCAGCUGGCCAAGGGUGACUUUGGCACACAGAAGGAAGCUGCCUGGGCUAUCAGCAACCUGACAAUAAGCGGCAGGAAGGACCAGGUGGAGUACCUUGUCCAGCAGAACGUGAUCCCGCCCUUCUGUAACCUUCUGUCAGUGAAGGACUCUCAGGUGGUGCAGGUGGUGCUGGACGGCCUCAAGAACAUUCUCAUAAUGGCUGGAGAUGAGGCCAGCACCAUCGCAGAGAUCAUCGAGGAGUGUGGAGGUCUGGAGAAGAUUGAAAAUCUCCAGCAGCAUGAAAACGAGGACAUCUACAAACUGGCGUUUGAGAUCAUCGAUCAGUACUUCUCAGGAGACGAUAUCGAUGAAGACCCAAGCCUCAUCCCUGAAGCUACUCAGGGUGGAACCUUCAACUUUGACCCUGCCCCUAACCUGCAGACCAAGGAGUUCAAGUUCUAGGUGAGCAAGUGUGUGUGUGGGCGUGGCCUGCUCCUCACUCCGGCCCCGAGACAUCGCUCCAACGCAACAGAUCUACUGGACACACACACACACACACACACACACACACACACGCACUGAAGGAUCAGCCUCUCCACCCACCCUCUCUGAUGCUUCUGAACGUAUGAACGUAUGAACGCAAAAAAAACAAAAACAAACGGAAACCAACACAGACUGAAAAUGAUCACCACCCGCCUCCCCUGUCACUCUGCAGUUGCCAAAAAGUUGCUAUUUUUUUUUUUUUUUCUUCACUGUUCCCCUCUCUUUCAAACACACACACUUGUUCACAUAGACUGGAUAUAGUAAAAGAGUCAAACAAUGUGCAUGAAAGUUAACACACACACACACACACACAUCAGACACUUGUGAUCAAACCAGGCAUCGUGUUCUUGAAGGACGGACUCCUGUGGAAUACUCACUAUGAAGAAGGCAGGCAUUCUCUUUCUUCUCGCCAGGCAGUCACCUUCCUUGAAGUUCUUCACCCCAACCCAACCCACGAAACCUAAGCGCACAGUGUACCAUGACAUGACCACCUCCACCCUCCAACCCCCAGACAUCCAUCAAAGCCAUGACAGAUCCGGGCCCAGACUUCCCAGAAUUCCCUUGGGGCUUUACUCCCAGGCUAGGGGUGGAGGAUCUGUCCACUGAAGCUCUCCACACCUCUCGUCUAGGACACCAGGUUUUUUUUUUUUUUUUUUUUUUUUUUUCUGAAUCUAUUGAAGUCAUCAUGAGAAAAAUCAACAGUGGAUGUUGCGUUCAAAAGGAAAAUAAUGAAAGAAAAAGACAAGACGGCACACUUGAACAGAGGAUAAUUUACUUUUUAAGCGUCGUCAUCUGUUCUGAUUUCAGCACACCAACAUUGAAACAAACAACCCGACUCGUGUGCAUGCGCACGCACAGGAAGUGAACUCUGUGAGAUCAACGUCUGGUGUUAGCCCAGGGGUAGCUGGCACCCCCUGUCUCUGCCUCUGGGGCCAGGGGACCCCCCCCCCCCCCCCCACACACACACCAAAUCCAACCCACUGCUCCGCCCCUACAACUGCUGAGUCCGCUGGAGCACCUCCCCAACCCCCCCAGCCCUUUGGAACACCCCCCCUUACCACACCCACCCUUCCUGUCUGGACCUGCACUGAAACAGACCCUCAGCUGAAGACUGACCUUCCUUCUCACAGCCACAUACACACCACUCAGCUGUUGUUUUUUUUGGUUUUCCUUUUGGGGUUAUUGGCUUUAGAGGGAGCUCAACUCUCCGCUGUUCUAUGUAAGGGCAAAAGAGCGAGAGAACGGCACAAACACAAGGGUUUGCCGCAGCAGUUGGAUUGGUCUGAAUUAUUUAUAAUUUAGUUUUAUUAACGAUUUUCCUAAUUUUUUUUUGUUUUUAGUCUGGAGCGGCAACAGUGACCGCUCUCUCUCCCCUGUAUCUCUAUACCAAUCACGGAUCCUCUGCACACCCCUUCCACUCACCCCUCUAACCCCCUCUCACCCCCCCUCUGUUGGCCGUGGCAAGUGGAACUUCGGUGUCACUGCGCUGUGGAGGAACCCAUUCCUGACAGCAGGGUUCCACUUUUUUUUUUCUUUGGCUUUUUUAAUUUUGAAUUCUGACAUUUUAUUUGCUACAAACCUACUUGUACAAAAAAAAAAAAAAAAAAAAAAAAAACGUAAACAUAACUAUCCAACUUUCUGCUCAUGUAAGGUCUUUUAUGAAGCCGCUGCUGCAUCUACUAGUCUUUUGGUUGGGACACUUGCAGGCGCUAACCUUGUAUUACUGAUGUCUGCAAUCACCAGGAACUCUGGUGUAACAUGCGUAUUUGUGAUGACAGAACGCCUUUCUUUGGACAUGGGCUUUCUCACUGUUUGUGACUGGACAUUUUCUUUGUUUUCCCUGUGCAUUCACUUUGUAAAGGGAUUUGGAAAAAAAAAAAAAAAUCUAUAUAUGAAUAUAUACAUAUACAUUUGGACUAAUGUAGUAAUGUUUUGGCUGUGAACUACUGAACGAGAGCUGGAGCAACAGCCAGAGCCUCUUGGAAUAGCCAUUUCUAAUUGAUGAACAAAAAACUCCUAGCAGGUGUACCUUCCUGACAAAUAUCUAGACACAUAGAAAAGAGCCACUUUAAAGGUAAGAAUUUUUCUUUUUUGUCUUGUAUCAGAAACGGAUACAAGCUUAUGCUUGUUGCAAGAUUUUACUUGCUUAAGAGAAAAAAAAAAAAACAUAAAUAUGAAAAAGCGACAGAUAGCAUUUUGGCCUCUGAUUGUUUAUAUCUUUUUAUAAAUUUUAGAAUCAAUUUCUCUUUAAGGUGGCUCAUUGUCUCUUUUCAACUCUUGUGCAUAUUAAAGAAAAGAAUGAGUUGAAAUUCA